AUGGCAAGACCUGCCCAAAAACCAAGAAUUAAAAAAUCCUGUACCGGUUGCGGUGAUACUUUCACCACUUACCAACAAAACAAUUAUGAUUAUUGUCGCAACUGUGCUAUUAAUGGCAACAGAUACGCUAAAAAUCAAUGUCCCGAGUGUGGCGAUAGCAGUGGAGUAAUCAAAUUUAAAGCCCAAAUAAUGGAACAGCAUUAUCAACAAAAACAUGCUCUUAAGCCCAAGGAGGUUAAACGUGCGAUUGGUUCUAAUUCUGACCCGGCCAAAGCCAAAGGUUGUGCGGAAACUUAUGCGAUUAAAUACUUCUUAACUAAGUUUUUCCUCAUCCCCACUACCGAUGAACUGGACCCUGACCUUUUUAAACUCCCUGAACACUUAAUUCGUUUAGCCAAAGAAAGACAAGAAACCCCUGAACAGAUCCAACAAAGACACCAAGAAAAAGAUAAAAAAUACGAAGCUGAACUAAAAGCCAAAUACGGAGCCGAUUGA